AUGGAGGUGGACUAUGCCUGCACUCCUGAGGAAGUGCAACAACAUUUUCAGUCUUGUGGGACUGUAAACAGAGUAACAAUUUUAACAGACAAGUUUGGUCAGCCCAAGGGAUUUGCAUAUGUGGAAUUUGUUGAAGUAGAGGCUGUUCAGAAUGCUCUGCCGUUGAAUGAAUCGGAAUUGCAUGGUCAUCAGCUAAAGGUGUCAGCUAAAAGGACUAAUGUACCAGGAAUGAAACAGUACCGGGGUCGUCGAGCAAGCCCAUAUAUGGGCUUUCGAUCACGAAGGCCUUACAUGCCACCUCCAUUUUAUGCUCCUUUUGCAUAUGGAUAUGUCUUAUUGUAUUAUAUGCUCUCAAAAGACAUGCUUUUGUCUGGUGAUAUAAGGCCACUUAUACAACACUCGUGGUUGCCUAAUGCUGGUUAUAUGAGCUUGUUUGCAUACUGUGAUGGCUUGCCUAAUGACAUUUCAUGUUCUCCUUCCUCCCUAUUAUUUUUGAUAAAUAUUGUUGAACGUGUUUAUAUUUUUGAUGUUCACCAUACCGGGACUUCUAGACAAGGUGGAGCUGGGGGUAGUCAUGGUGGAGCUGGUGAUGAGGAUGAUGGCGAUGAAUGA